AGCUAGAGAGCCGCCCCCCGAGCCGAGCGUUCCCCUCGUUGCCGCGGGCCGGCCGGAGGUAGGAUUCCUUCAAAUUCCCGCUGCGUGCGACGGCACGCCGGCGGUCGCCGCUAUGUCCCCCUCUCUCGUGCUGGUGCACUCACUCCCGCUCCCUUCUCGCCGCGCGCUCCCCAUCCAGCUGCCCCGCCGCCUCGCCCCCAAACACCCGUCCCAGUGGUCGCUCCGCACGCCUCGACGUCUCGCUGUCUUUGCCAGGGCUUCGGCGUCCGUUGUGGUGUCGCCGCACGGCGAGGGAGGUGGUGGCACGGCGGCGGGGCGGAAGAGCACGGGGUAUAGGAACCGGUUCCUGGACCUGGCGCGGCUGGGGGCCGUGGCGGAGGGCGCGGCGGAGGCCUUCUUCCGCAGCGAGAUCCGGCGGCGGCUGGCCGUCACUGCCGCGCUCAUCGUGCUCAGCCGCGUGGGGUCUAUUCCAUUCCUCCCUCGGAUUACACGGUGGCGAGCUGUGCAUGGGUUUUUGUUUGGGAUUCUCAUAGCAUGUAGUUCUACCUUUGUGCAGAUGACCUUGGCGAUUUCUCCUCAGAAUUGAAGCUUUCUUUUUUCCAGCUGGGGAUCAGUCAUCAAAUUUCAGCAUCUAUUGUCAUGCAGGUUCUCUGUCAUGUUCUUCCAUCACUUGAAAAGCUCCGCAAGGAAGGAUUAGAUGGCCAUGAGAAGUUAAAAGGCUAUAUGUGUGUCUAGUUGUCUAUCUAUCUUGAACCAUGGUGGCUUUCUUUGUGGUUUGCAACUGUGGCUGCUUUUACUGUGUCAUGCUUUUCCCUGCAGUAUUCAGUAUAUGCUGCAAGUUACAGGGUCAAGCAUGUAAUUAUAACAAGUCUUCUGCUUGUUCUUGGUGCAAUGUCAAUGACAUGGAUUUGUGACACCAUUACAGAAUUUGGAUUUGGACAUGGCUCAUCUUUGAUUAUCUGUGUGGGAAUUUUGACUGGCUACACAGAUACACUACACAAGAUGAUAACUCAGUUUUCAGGGAAUUUUUCCUAUUGUUGGCCUUACAUCUUGGGAGUAGCUGGAAUUUUUAUGAUACUCACCAUGGGGGCUGUGUUGGUGACUGAAGGAUGCAGGAAGAUAAAGCUUCAGUACUAUGGAUUCAAAUUAGCAUCUGGUGCAGGGAAUGAAAGCAGCCCAGUUACAGAGGUUGAGCCAUAUAUCCCCUUCAACAUCAAUCCAACUGGAAUGCAGCCCUUGCUUACAACCUCAUACUUACUAGCUUUUCCAAGUAUCAUGGCCAGUAUUUUUGCCUCACCCUUUUGGGAAAACUUGAGGGAAAUUUUGAAUCCAAAGACUUCAACUGGUGGUAGUCCCUGGGUUUAUUACUUGACAUAUGCUUUCCUUGUCUUCAUCUUCAAUAUUUUUGAUAUUGCUAACUUACCCAAAGAGAUAUCUGAUUACCUGAAUAAGAUGUGUGCGAGGGUACCAAGGAUAAAGCCUGGAAGAGCAACAGUAGACUAUCUUACAAAGAUACAAACAUCAACACGUUUCUGGGGAGGUCUACUGCUAAGCUUGCUUGCAACUUCCUCUUUAUUGCUUGACCGAUAUCUCAGGCAAAUAAAUGAAGGGUUGUCAAUAGGAUUCACAUCAGUCUUGAUUAUUGUGGGCUCAAUUAUUGAGCUUAGAAGAUCAUAUCAAGCGUACAAUGUGAUGCCAGCACUGAGCAAAGUUUUGAGGAGAUAUGGUGCUUAAGAGUAUGUAAGCUGAUACGUUGGUGAUGAUGGCACCAUCCACUAGCUCGUGGUGUUGCAAGGUCGAUUGGUCUUUAGAAACAGCAUGGAUAUGAUGAGAAGUUUACCGCUCAAGCUUCUGUUAGAUUAAAAGGUGGAAGGAACAUGGCUUUACAAUCACAUCGGACUUUAUCGACAAGGUGAACUGAGGAAGCAACAAACAUGCCCAACAACAUGGCUGUGUGUAUUUGUUGGAAGUGAUCUAAAAUCUUCCAUGUCCUAAUCGCCAUACUGGAUCACAUAGCUAAUCUGUUGGGUUCUAUAAAUUCUCCACCGUUCAAAUGCUCCGAAAGGAAGGGCCUUUGGAUAAGUUUCUCUUUUUUUCCCUUUUUUUGUUUGGGUGUGCACACAUUGUUGGACGGGCUGUAGUUGAAUGAGUAGAGUGUACGCCUCGGGCUGAAGAUGAGUCGGAUUCAACGACGAACAUUUUUGUUGUGCCCGCGAAUGGCCAAUAUUUCGCUUUCAUGUACAACUCUGAUCGGAUGGAGAUUGCUUUUUUUUAUGCGGGUAGUUA